AUGGCCAUGGAUUGCGGCAUCUAUGGCGUCGUCAUCAAGCUCCGCAUGUUCUUCAUCCUCUUUCUUUCUCUCUCCACCUUCACCUUCACCCUCUCAUCUUCUUCUUCAAAUGUUCAAAUUAACUCAAACUCAAUCCUGGUGGCUCUACUCGACUCACAUUACACCGAACUCGCUGAACUCGUUGAAAAAGCCAUGCUUCUACAAACACUAGAAGACACUGUCGGCAACAACAACAUCACCAUUUUCGCACCCAAAAACGAAGCUCUUGAACGAGAUCUCGACCCUAACUUCAAAACCUUCCUCCUCGAACCACGAAAUCUCAAGUCUCUUCAAUCUCUCCUCAUGUCACACAUCAUUCCAACGCGAAUCAACGGAUCCGAACCCGGCUCGACCCGACACAAAACACUCUCCCUUCAACACCACCUCACUAUCCAACCAAACCAAACUUCUCAACAAUGGACAGUUAACGGCGCAAGGAUUCUCCAUCUUAACGCCGUCACUAGACCUGACGGCGUCAUCCACGGAAUCGAACGUCUCCUCAUUCCACGCUCGGUACAAGACGACUUCAACCGUCGCAGGAGUCUCGUAUCCAUCGCCGCAAUUAAACCGGAAGGAGCACCGGAAGUUGAUCCUAGAACUCACCGCUUGAAAAAACCAGCACCGCCGCAAAACCCUGGCUCACCGCCGGCUCUUCCAAUUUACGACGCAUUGGCUCCAGGACCGUCACUAGCACCGGCGCCAGCACCAGGACCUGGUGGACCCCGCCACCAUUUCAACGGCGAGGCACAGGUGAAAGAUUUCAUCCAAACGCUGAUUCAUUACGGCGGUUACAACGAGAUGGCGGAUAUUCUCGUAAACCUAACGUCGUUAGCGACGGAGAUGAGUCGGUUAGUUUCAGAGGGUUAUGUUUUAACCGUUCUAGCUCCGAAUGACGAAGCCAUGGCUAAGUUAACAACGGACCAGUUGAGUGAACCAGGUUCACCGGAACAAAUCAUGUAUUAUCAUUUAAUUCCCGAGUAUCAAACUGAAGAGAGUAUGUAUAAUGCUGUUAGAAGAUUCGGGAAGGUUCGUUAUGACACACUUCGAUUGCCUCAUAAGGUUGAUGCUCAGGAAGCUGAUGGGUCGGUUAAAUUCGGGCAUGGCGAUGGGUCGGCGUAUUUGUUCGACCCGGAUAUUUAUACUGAUGGGAGGAUCUCUGUGCAAGGGAUUGAUGGGGUUUUGUUUCCUCAUCAAGAGGAAGAGGAGGUUGUUGUUGAUAAGGAUGUGACCCAAACCCGGUCGGGUCAACCCGCUAAAGUUGUGGUUAAGCAAAGAAGAGGAAAAUUGCUUGAAACAGCUUGCUGGAUGCUUGGAACCUUUGGACAGCAUUCUAGAUUCACCUCUUGUCAAUAA